GCGGUACUGUAGAGACUGGCGAUGACGUAGGUAUUGUGGCCCGCCUUAUUUGUCGCUAGCGUGGCCGCUUCCUCCAUUCUAAAAGCCUAGUUCAAGAACGGUUUGCACGGAGGUACACUCCAGCUAAUAAGAAUGGGCAUUCAUGGUCUAACGAGUUAUAUAGGGGAACAUAGUGAGUUCUUUGUUGAUCUGCAGCUGAGAAGCACAGAUGUAAUAAUUGAUGGAAAUAAUUUAUAUCAUCGCCUUUAUUUUGAUUCAAAUCUGGAUAUUCGGCAUGGUGGGGAUUAUGAUUCCUUUACAGAUAUCACACAUCAGUUUUUUCAGUCAUUGGCUGUGUGCCACAUAAAGCCAUAUGUUGUAUUGGAUGGAGGUAAUGAUGCAUCUAAUAAAAAAUUUGCAACUUUAAAGGAACGAGCUCAGGAAAAGAUCCAGGCAGCCCAUUCUCUUUCUCAUGGUGGUGGGGGGAGUGUAUUGCCUUUGCUUGUCAGAGAGGUCUUCAAGCAGAUUCUAAUGGAACUACAAGUGCCUUUUGUACAGUCAUUUUCAGAGGCAGACAGAGAUAUUGCAUCUCUAGCCAAUCACUUGAGUUGCCCUGUGUUAACUUUAGAUAGUGAUUUUUGCAUUUUUGACCUCCAAUCAGGCUAUUGUCCUCUAAAUUAUUUUCAGUGGAGAAAUCUUUGUAAAUGCAAAGACUCAAAAGAAUGCUACAUCCCAACACGGUGUUUCUCAUUAGAAAGAUUUUGUAGACAUUUUAACAAUAUGAACAAAACCCUGCUGCCUCUUUUUGCAGUAAUGAGUGGCAAUGACUACAUAAAUCUGCCAGCUAUGGAAGUGUUCUUUAGUAAAAUACAGCUUCCUAUAGAGAAAUCCCAGCGAAAGAGAAGAAAGCAUGACCGCAUUCAGGGACUGCUGAACUGGUUAUCUCAUUUUGCUGAUCUUUCUGAGGCAAUGGAAAAUGUAUUGAAGUAUUUUAAAAAGCAUGAAAAAGAAGACAUACGACAGCUUCUCUCUUCUUUCAUGGGAGAAUAUGAACCAUCUAAUGUCAAUCUCAAAGAUUUUUUCCAGAGUGGUUUGUAUGAAUCUGAGGAAGUGAAGAAAUUACAAUUACCACAGUGGAUUGCAACACACUUAAUUAAAGGACAUCUAGCACCAUUUGUUAGUGAUGCUCUUAAAUUAAGAAGAACAAUCCUUCCUGUUCAGGUGGAGAAUAUGCAGAGAAAUAGUGCGCAUUCCAUAACUCUGCCAGUUAGACAAAUUAUCUAUUGGUUACUGUUGAACAUUUCACCAAGUUCCCUUAGUCCCUCUUUGAACAAAGAGCCAACUUCAUUUUCUCCUGUCUUCUAUGAAUUUGAUAGACUCCAAAAAUCACUCAAGAAAUCAUCUGUUUGUGUAGCAGAAUUGGCACAGAAAUUUCCAGACAGUCGGUUGGCUACAUUAAAUGAGGCACCCAUUGCAGAGCGUCUUCUAUUUUUUUUCGAGACGUUCGGAGUAUCAGCCUGUAUCCUUGAACCAGUUCCUUGUUUGCUGCAGCUCACUAUUGCUGUAACCUGUUACUGGGCCCAGUUUUCAGAACCCAAAGUGACACUACAGCACAUCAAGGCUUUACUUCUUGGAAUAAUAUUUGGGGAAUUAGAUAAAAUGUUGCACAUUCCAGAUCCUGAAACACCACAUGCUGAGGUCAAUAAAAUUGUACAUGACCAAUUUUUGAAAUGGAAAGAAAAGAAAUCCCCAAAAGAUUAUUUGGAAUUAGAUGUUGCACACAAUUUCUGCCAAUGGCAGUGCUGCCUGCAAGUAGGAUUGUAUCUCAACCAGCUGCUUUGUAGACCUCUCCCUGAGCCAGAUCUCACACGGCUUUAUAAUGGGACCCUUGUCCAUAGGUUGUAUCAUCAGCUUAAAUCCAGUUCCAUACCAGAGAACCUCCUCAGUACAUCCCCAAAGAUCUACAAGCUUUACUGCAGCAUGGUACAGAUAGUCAAAGAUUCAACACCACCAGGUUUCUUUCAGAAGAAGUCAAAAUCACAAAGGAAAAAGGAUAAGAAAAUUGUUAAUAAAUUGCCAGAGACAAGAGUAAGAACUAUGAUGGACACUUUACCUUUCUGUAGUACUAACAGAUUUGCAACACUGGCAAUAGAGAACUGAAAGUUCAGUAUUCCAGACUGGUUGUUGAUAUUUUUCUGUCUUUGGGUUUGAGAAGUUAUUUCUCAAAAAAAUUAAGGAAGUAAUGCUAUUACAAUGGAUUUAUUCCUUUGAUAGUUA